AUGAGCCGAGGACGUGGUCGUGGACGCGUACGUUUUGGUGGCAGCCGAGACUCGAUGCUUGCAGACAUUAUGGAUGAAACACGUGAGGAUUUGGGGCUUUCACAUACGCAGAUGGAACUUGUGCACGCAGAAGCUGGUGCAUCGCUGUAUCCACCCAUGCAGUUACCACAACCUGAAGCACUGUCGAACCGUGAGGCUUAUUUGAUUCAGAGACAACGUAUUCUAGCGCAUAAGCUCGAGAAUCUGUAUCAUCCGUGGGAAGCAGACCCGGUAGGCCCAGAUGUUGGACGCAAUACGUCCGAUGCUGCAGCUUUUGUACACGUGACAGUGCCAGAGACACAAAAGGCCAAUGAAGUGUACGUGCCAGAGGAGUUGCGAGCUAAUUCGCUCAGUGGACUACGCACAACGACAGCGGCAAACUCGACGAACCGUGGUAUCAUGCAGCCACGUGCGUUUGAAACGGUAUUCAAAUCAUUGGAAGCUCAAGAGAAGAAGAUUGCGGCUGACAAGGCCAAGGCAGCAGAGCAGGAGGUAGAUGACGGUAUUAUGGACGAUGUGGAGGAAGAUCUGGGUGACGACAUGAACGACUACACAUUUGACUACUACGAUAGUGAUGCAGUAAGCAACGACGGUGACGAAGAAGUGUUCUUUUAA